AGGUACUGUACUGCACUGUACUCCCCUCUCGAGUCCAUUUCCCAGGGGCAAAAAUAUUGUUUGAACGGCAGUUUUCAGGCUACUCGUUAGGUGCCAGGUUAGGUGCACAGAGAACUGCAGAAGGGCGUCUCGCGUACGCAAGUUGCCUCAGUCGAAAGAAUGUCCAACCGGUCACCAAGCAUGUUUUCCAAGCACAGCAGCCCGCCACAAAGUCCUCCUCCAACGUUCUCACUGGAGGUUUGCAUAGCGGAAGCAACGGCGGACGCUUUGCACGCGAUCAGGGUUUUAAUUCCGGCGGGAUUGAUGCGUUUGCGCGCUCUUGCGAGAGGGUCGAAGGUGUCUAUAGAAUCCAGUUCCGGAUUCUACCCUUCGGCUCAAGAAUUGCCGCAGGCUGAGAGCAGUAAAGAAACGGAAAAUCGCUCAGAAGGGUUGGGAAAGGAUGCAAGUCCGACUGCACAGCGGGCCGCGAAACGUCAAAGGGCGGAUGAAGAUCCUCUCUCUCGCGUCGACAACGUGCAUCCGAGGCAGGGUCAAUACACAAGGCGGCAUUCGAGCAGCUUCACAGGGGAACAAGAAGGGGCCGCGUUAAAACUGAUAGAGAUGCUCACGCCAGAACUGCAUGAAAUGGUCUUGUCGUCAGUGACCGUGAGAACGUGGCUGCAGUUGCCGACAAGGAUGCCAACCAGCACUCGUCAGACCAGGGCGUCGUCACCACCAACCUUAACACCAUGCCGCGAAGCGAUGCGACAACUGCUCUUGAAGGAUCUUCUCUCCGCGGAAACUGCUGCAUUCUCAAUCUUGGACUCGAUUCAAAAGUACCUUGCUCAACGCGCAAAGCUAUGUGAGAAUGCACGACGGGCGGAGGAGCACACUGCUGCAGACGAUCGAAGCCACUACCGGCGCGCUCUUUCUGCGCUCGAUGACUUGCAGGCGUUGCAUUUGAAGGCGACGUUGAGCGAUUUGAGCUUGAACGACACGCUACUCUAUGAUCGAAUCACACAGUUCAUGGAAGAAAGCCAGUGGACUGUGCCGACGAUUGGUGAUGCCCACUAAAGCUCUGGCGCUUUCUGACGAGACCUAUUAUUGCUGGCGGUUCUUUAAAGGGGGUUUCCGGGCCGUACAAACAGCCUUUCGCGAAGAUGAACGAUGAAUAGAAACUGAUUGUUAAAUACAUAGAUGUGUGCAGGGAGGGAGUUAAGGCAUGCGGUGACCGAAGCACCCAGAUUUUCAGACCAUGUCUUUACU